UCGCAGUCCGUCGCGUGUCGCGUAGCUGAAGAGCGGGUCUCCAAAGUUGGUGGCGGCAGUUUCCUUCGCGGGGAGGGUGGGGGGGGAAGAUAUAUUUUUUAUUACUGAACUCACUAUUCACGCUUUCACCUGGAAUCAUACAUUUUAUACGGGCCGCCUGAGGUGAGGCGACAGUUCCAGGUGCAGAAGAAUAAACUACCUGACUGACGGACGUACGGAGUCACAGCGCUAGUCUGUUAGCAACCCGGCAUGUCAUUCAAACAAGCCAACCUGCCUCGCGCCACUACUGCUUUUAUAGUUUUUGCACACCACUAACUUGUGAUAUUAAUCUAAGUUAAAGUUUGAGGUAACUUCUUACUUUCUUUGAGAGCGUUCUGCAUUAAACUUCAAAGGGAGUUUAACAGCUAAGUGAGGAGUAGGGAAUCGUUCCGGGAGACCUGCCAGCCUGGCUGAAGGACUUCAGCGUGUCACUUCGGCGAAAAGGAGGUGAAUGAACCGGCUGAUGUUGAAGCAGCACCAGCCCAGCUCCAGCGGCAGGAAAGCUCUGAAUGGGACUUCAGGCCCUGCAGUAAUGUCUUCCAUGGGCACCGGUACUAACGCCAGCAGAGUGACAGCAGGAAGGAGCCGAAACUCAGUGAAACCGCCCUCCCAGGUGUCUCCGGUGUUUGAUGGAGUCUACAACAACGCCAGGAUGCUGCACUUCCUCACAGCUGUUGUGGGCUCUACCUGCGACAUCCGUGUGAAGAACGGAAGUGUUUACGAGGGCAUCUUCAAGACCCUUAGCUCCAGGUGUGAGUUGGCUGUGGAUGCAGUGCACCGCCGAUGUGAGGAGAGUGGUGGGGACAUUUCCUCAGGGCCGCCUCGGAGAGAGGAGAUUACUGAUACCAUGGUGUUCAGCCCCUCUGACCUGGUGACUAUGACCUGCAGAGAUGUGGACUUGAACUUCGCCACACGAGACUCCUUCACAGAUUCCGCAAUCAGCUCAUCCCGAGUGAACGGUGAGCACAGAGAGAAGGUCCUGCAGCGGUGGGAUGGCGGUGACAGCAAUGGGGACAGCUACGAGCUGGAGGCUGACGCUUCAAACGGUUGGGAUGCCAACGAGAUGUUCCGCUACAACGAGGAAAAUUAUGGCAUCAAGUCAACAUACGACUCCAGCCUCUCUAUGUACACGAUGCCUUUGGAGAAGGGCAACUCAGAAGGCUACCGCCAGCGGGAGGCCAGGGCCACCCGCAUAGCCAAUGAGAUUGAGUCCAGCCCCCAGUACCGGCACCGCCUGGCUCUGGAAAACGAGGAUGGCAAAACUGAGGAAGAGAAGUACAGUGCUGUAGUGCAUGAGCGGGACAGCGGGGAGAGGGAGAGAGGCCAGGAGAGCCCCAACACAAGCAACAGCAGGGAGGGCAAGUAUGUCCCCAUACCCCAGCGUGUCAGAGACAUGGGGAUAUCAGCAAGCAGUAUGAGGACAGAUCGCGAAAGGGAAAGGGCCAGUGGAGGAGGGCAUCCUCCUGUCCCUAGUCGUGUAGGCGGUCCUCAUACCAGUCGGCCCACUAUACCAAACUCCACCUCCAAACAUACUCCACCAAGCCCUGGCUGUCAGCCUGCAGCUCCUUCAGAACGGAAUAGCCCCCACCAGAGGGGAGGUGCCAGUGCGGCUAGCCCUUUUGCUUCUACUUCUCAAUCCCGAUCCACAGAGGCCCCCAUUGCUCCUGCUACCAGUCCCCCUGCCUCACAUCCCCUUGUGAACCCAGAGCCGUUGUUCGAGUCACCCAGGCCUGUAAAUGGAUUGUCACCUAGAAUGUCACCUAAAGCUCAGAGACCCACAGAAAACAGCAGGAACCUGAGGGCCUCUAGCACUCAUGUGGCCUCUGCAGCCUCUUUCUGCAUACUGGUAGUACUAGCCUCACGAUCUCCAAAAUCCACUAUCUCUUCUCAAGACUCCCCUCCUGCUCAGUCUUACCUGGACACCACGUCUGUCACCAUGGCAACCGCAAAACCUUCUGGCCCAGCCCCUCUCUUCCCAGUGGAUGUGAAUGAGAUCCUCAGCUCUGCAGGACAGGAGCGAACAGCAGAGUGUGCGACGAGCCCAUCUGAUGCCAAGAGCAAUAAAGUUCAGCACAGAUCCCAGAUAGAAGAACUUCGGAAGUUUGGCAAAGAAUUCAGACUGCAGGCCAGUGGUGGGAUCCCCUGUGAUCCCAGCAGCAGUGCAGCCACACCCAGUGACACUGCCCCACUUGGCCCCGUUGACUCCACCUCAGCUACAGACUCCAAGCCAAGCGUACAGCCGGAGCCUCCUCACGCCCUGACUGUUGAGGAAGAUGUUGCAGUGGGAAACGAGGAGACUGUGGUCGUGGCCUCAGCCUUAACACAGUCUGUUGUUGCAGACAGGCAGUCUCCAUUGAUGCUUCAGCCAAUCAGGACCCCAGGUGGUGAAGAAGCUAGACAGGAAGUGGCAGAAAGGGCAGAGGAAGUGAUAGAUCAAGUGAAGAGAUCCACUCUGAACCCCAACGCCAAGGAGUUCAACCCCAGCAAGGUGUUGAUGUCACUGUUUAAGCCCACCUCAGCCCCGACGCCACCCCGGCACACCCCGAACAGCCCCUCAGUGUUGUUGCAGACUCAGCCAGGCCAGGGGGCAAUAUACAGCUCCCCAUACCUGUCCUACAUGUCCCCAAUACAGAUCCAGAGCCAUUCUGUACAGGCCCCCCAGGUAUACCAUUACAUGUCCACAGUGAGCCAAGGAAAAUACCCCAGAGCCAAGGGCUCCGUGGUGACUCCACGUCCUGAGCACAGUUCCUCAGCGCCCCCUAUGCUUCAGGCCGGCCCAUCUCUGGUGGCUUCACCUUACCCGCAGUCCUACUUGCAGUACGGUCCCCAGCAGUAUGGGCAGCAGGUGCUGCCAGCCAUGGGUCACUAUCCUGGGCAGCCCAUGUACUCCAUGCUGCAGAGUGGGACUCGCAUGCUGGGCUCCGGUGGACACGCUCAGGCACUGGGCCCUGCUGGGCCUCCGUACCCAGGGCAGAGCGAGGGCCCCCCUGCACCACAGCCAGCUCUGUAUGCUCCUCAGAGCUUCUCGCACCACCCACCACAGCCCUCCAGCACCCCAACAGGCAGCCAGCCCCCCCAGCACACAGGCCCUGCCCCUGGCCAGUCUGCGCAGGCUGGCCCCCAGGCCCAGUCGCUGUAUGGGCCUCUUUCUGCACCCACCCCUCCCAACAUGCCCCCAGGACACACUUCCCCCCAGGGUUCUUACCCCCUGCAGGGCUACAGUCUGCAUGGACCUCAGCCCAUCCAUCACACAUACCCCUCACUGGGGCAGCUGGCCCAGGCUCAUGUGCCUGGCACUUUGGCUGGUCCCCACCACUCGGGAACACACGGUGGAGUGAUGCUGCUUCAUGCUCCUUCAGCCCAGCAGGCCCCCAGCUCUGGCCCCCAACAUCCGCAGCACGCCCCACCCCCACAGCAGGGAGCCCACCCUCACUACGCCUAUAUCGGACCCCCCUCAGCUGUGCAGGUGCAGGCCCAUGCCCCGCAGCAGCUCCCUUUCCAUCCCCCAGGGAACUGAAGCGCACAAGAGGGGGCAUGAGACCAUUGCGGAGGGACCAGAGUUCUCUCAGCAAGACCACCGACCACCCCACCCCCCACCCCCCAUCCCGCGCCCCUGCCUUCCAGCGGCCUCAACAUGUGUAGUUUCCAGGCUUGAGCCCAGCAGCUCUCAGAUCAGCACAGUGUGUAAGCUUAGCAUCACAAAUCCCCAACAUACACACACUCAGCCACAUGCAGCUCGCUCUCAUGUUCCUCUUGUUGCAGAGGGGAAAAGUGAGUGGAGGUAAAACUGAAAUAAAUAGGGUUUUUGUCUUUUAAUCUGUUAAUGUGUUUUUAAUGGGCCAGAAGCAAACGGACAGGCUGCUGUCCAGUGUCCUUGUUGCUGAGAGGAGCGACCGUGUUUCAGUAAACAAGGUCCCAUGUGGACAGGAGCAAACUGAACUGUGUUGUCUACAUGUGAGAGGGGAAGGCCAAGGAAUUGAAGAGAGAUGAGUUUGUUUUGGGUUUUUUUUUUUUUUUUUUUCCCCCCCUCGCUUCCCAGUCCUCAUUCUGUCUC